GAAAAAAUUAACGGUUGAGCAAAUUUUAAAAGUCACAAGAUUUAAAAGAUGGAAUUGUUUACUAAUAUUAAUCAAGUAAAAAGCCUUUUAGACAAGGUAAUUUUGCAGACAUUAGAGCUAGUUGAAGAGGACCUAACAUUAAAAAUCAGUAUUGAGAAGCUAUCAAAUGAGGGAGCUUUAAAUUUAGCAAAAACAAGAUACACGCAAGGAUCAAAUUCAGUGUCAACAACACAACUUCCCUCAGAAGAUGAAGAGAAGGAAUUUAAGGCUUUACGUACUGUUGAGAGAAAUGAGAAUGACAUAGCUGUACAAUUUACAUUAGAAUCCCAUGAAAUUGAUAAGGAUAAUGAUUACAUAGAUCCAAUGCUUUGGUUUGGAAUUUUAACGCCCCAAACUCUCAAGACUGCUCGCGAAAAGUAUCAAAAAGCCAUUGAAUUAAGUGUAGAAUCAGCAAAUGUUCGACAACGCAUAGCUAAGAACACUGAAUUAAUCCAGAAGUUAAAAAUUGUAAAGCAACAGUUUGAGACAAGCGAAGAAUAAAAAGGCUUUAGAUUAAUUUUGAGAUAUUACCGAA